AGGGCAUUUUCGUCCGACGAAGUGAGAGGAGUUUGCGAAGAUGCCCUCGAGCUCCUUGAAGUUGUCCCUUCAACUCCCAUAAUUUGCUUCCUGCAUCUUUGGGUUUUCUUGGGGUAUAUUCUCUCUUCUCUUCUUCAUUUCUCUCUUUCUGUAAUUGUGAACUAUACCCAACAAAUCACACACAUAUGUGUAUAGCUUAUAUAUAUGUAUAGAGAGAGAGACGUACAGAGAGACAACCGGUGCUGAAUUUGCAACCCCUUUUUCAUCUUGAGCUUAGCCAUUGAUUAUUCUCAAUUGAUGGAGCUCCGGUGAUAAAUCCCAGAGCCUACUUGUUCUUCAAGAUAUUUGGAAGACCAUGGUGCUGUUUGGUGGCUCUUGAAACCAAUUUGCCUUGUUUAUGUUUGUGGUGAAAAUGGAGAAUGGUGCUGUUUGAUUCACAAGCUUUAUUCAUUAUAGCUCUUCGUCAAUGUUCUGAUCUGAAUUAGUUUUCCAUCAAGACCCAGAAGGAUCCCUAUUUACACUAGUUUGUAAAUAAUUAUUUACUCUGAGGAUCGAGUUAUAUUAGCAGCAGAUCUGAGUAACACCCUGUUUUAUUAAUAUAUUAAAUGGAGGAUUUAGUUUUGCCUCCAUGCCAGAAGCAGACGAUACAAACUCCUCGCAGAUGCACACCUCAGAGUAAGGAUCUGUGGUUGGCUGUUGAGGAGGGGUCUGUUGGUGAUGUUGACUUAGCUUUGUCGUUCCUCAAAAAGAAGGGAGGAAAUAUUAAUGCAAGGACUCCGUUUGGCCUCACACCCCUGCAUAUUGCAACUUGGAGGAACCACGCACCUAUUGUAAGAAGGCUCCUUGAUGCUGGUGCGGACCCUAAUGCUAGGGAUGGGGAAUCAGGAUGGAGUAGCCUUCAUAGAGCUCUGCAUUUUGGACAUCUGGCUGUUGCUUGUGUCCUUCUCCAGUUUGAUGCCUCAUUAACAUUGGAGGACUCAAAAUCCCGAACACCGGUCGAUCUCCUAUCUGGUCCUGUACUGCAGACUGUCGGGAAGGACAACAAUUCAAUAUCUACUGAGGUCUUUAGUUGGGGCAGUGGUGUUAAUUAUCAACUUGGUACUGGAAAUGCACACAUCCAGAAGUUACCAUGCAAAGUUGAUUCACUUCAUGGUUCUUUCAUCAAAUUGAUUUCUGCUGCAAAGUUCCAUAGUGUCGCAGUUAGUGCACGUGGAGAAGUCUACACCUGGGGAUUCGGGAGGGGCGGCCGUCUUGGGCAUCCUGACUUUGAUAUACACAGUGGUCAAGCUGCAGUCAUCACUCCUCGUCAAGUGACUUCAGGUUUAGGUGCACGUCGUGUUAAGGCUAUUGCUGCAGCUAAGCAUCACACUGUUGUUGCAACAGAGAGUGGAGAAGUAUUUACAUGGGGUUCUAAUAGAGAGGGGCAACUUGGCUAUACUUCUGUUGACACGCAACCCACCCCUCGUAGAGUUAGUUCCUUGAAGGCUAGAAUAGUAGUUGUUGCUGCAGCGAACAAACACACUGCAGUAGUUUCGGAGGCUGGAGAAGUUUAUACAUGGGGUUGCAAUAAAGAGGGCCAGCUUGGUUAUGGAACCUCUAACUCAGCUUCAAAUUACACUCCUAGGGUGGUGGAAUACUUGAAGGGAAAAUCUUUUACUGCAGUUUCUGCAGCAAAGUGUCACACUAUUGUUUUAGGAUCUGAUGGAGAGGUGUUCACUUGGGGUCAUCGACUUGUUACUCCUAGGCGUGUGGUGAUUGCUAGAAAUAUAAGAAAAGUGGGAAAUACUGUGCUGAAGUUCCACCGCAAAGAACGCCUUAAUGUGAUUUCUAUAGCUGCUGGAAUGACACAUAGCAUAGCUCUUACAGAUGAUGGUGCAUUGUUUUACUGGGCAUCUUCAGAUCCUGAUCUUCGAUGCCAUCAGUUAUAUUCGCUAUGUGGAGGAAGUAUAGUAAGCAUUUCUGCUGGGAAGUACUGGACUGCUGCAGUUACUGCAACUGGUGAUAUUUAUAUGUGGGAUGGUAAGAAGGGAAAAGAUGAUCCACCUACUCCGAUUAGGUUGCAUGGGGUGAAGAAGGCAACUUCAGUAUCAGUUGGAGAGACACAUCUUCUGAUUGUCAGUUCACUCUAUCAUCCAUGCUAUCUUCCUAGUAUUGCUGAGAAUAGUCAGAACCUCAAGGCCCAGGAUGAAUUAGAUGAAUUGCGUGAAGGUUUCAUGUUUGAUGACGUUGAGUCUGAGGAUGUCCAUAAUAUGCAGAACGAUGAAAUAGGCAACCCCUCACUGCCGGGUGGUAGAAACUUCUCUGGGAAAAGAACUGUACCAAGCUUAAAGAGUCUUUGCGAGAAAACAGCUGCAGAGCAUUUGGUGGAGCCACGAAAUGUCAUACAACUGCUGGAAAUUGCAGAUGCACUAGGAGCAGAUGAUCUCAAGAAACAUUGCCAGGAGAUUGCAAUCCGUAACCUAGAUUACGUUCUUACAGUGUCAGCCCAUGCUUUUGCUGGCACUUCAUUGGAUAUUUUGGUAGAUCUUGAGAAACUGUUAGACUUGAAGUCAUCAGAACCAUGGAGUUACCGUAGGCUUCCUACACCCACUGCUACCUUUCCAGCCAUUAUCAAUAGCGAGGAAGAGGAUGGUGAUACUGAAUUACUUAGAAUGCGUGAUGAUGGAACAAAGACGCCAACUUCCAGAAAAGAGGGAGUUCAGAGAUUAGAUGGCUUUCUGCAAUCUGGUGAUGCUGCAAUGGAAGGCGCCGACAAAAAAAUAAGGGCUUUGAGGAAAAAGUUACAGCAGAUUGAGCUACUUGAGGAAAAACAAUCUAAGGGCCAUCUUCUCGAUGACCAGCAGAUUGCAAAACUUCAGAAGAGGUCAGUAUUGGAAAGUUCACUUGCUGAGCUUGGUGCACCAAUUGAAACUGUGCAGACCAAAUCAUCUGCUUCUGUGGAUGAGAAAUGGAGUAAGAAAGCGUUAUCUAGAAAGCAAAGAAGAAAGAGCAAACAGAAGGAUGCAGAAAACAAAGAGGAGUGUAGUGAUUUUGCAAUUGGAGAUGAACCAGACAUUAUGAAGGGUUUCGUGGAUGCUGAAGUUACUGAAGACACCAAUAAGGGGAAGGCUCCGGAGUUUGAAAGUUCUAUGGCUAUCCAAGAGACCAUAGUUUCUCCGUACAACAAGAAAGCAAUUGCGGACAUUCCCCAAAAUAAGAUUGCUACACCUACAACAUCCAAGAAAAAGAAUAGGAAAGGCGGGCUCUCUAUGUUUCUUAGUGGUGCCCUUGACGAUGUUCCAAAAACCACUGCUCCACCUCUGGUGGUGGCCAAAAGUGAGGGUCCUGCUUGGGGUGGUGCUAACAUUUCUCGGGGGUUGACCUCACUUCGUGAUAUACAGGAUGAGCAGAGCAAAACCAAGUGUACUAAGACUACAAGAAAAAAAGAAUUGGAAGAUUUUUCUGAAGGCGCUAUUGGUGGGAAACUCCCGUUGAGUUCGUUUUUACAUUCCUCUCCAAUACCUAUGGUCCCCUCUAGGAAGGGGCAGGUGUCUGAUGGAGAUCGAAACACGCCUUCUUGGGCAUCAUCUGGAACUCCACCUUCCCUUUCCCGUCCUUCUCUCAGGGACAUCCAAUUGCAACAGGGAAAACAACAACAGGGUAUUUCUCACAGCCCAAAAACUAGGACUACUGGAUUCUCUGUGACGACGACGGGUCAGGGAUCACCAUCAGAGUCUGCUGGCAUGAACCGCUGGUUUAAACCAGAAACCGAUACUCCCUCAUCAAUCCGUUCAAUUCAGAUCGAGGAGAAGGCCAUCAAGGACCUAAAGCGCUUUUACAGCAGCGUUAGAAUUGUGAAGAACCAGUCAUAGGACAGGAGAAGUUGUAGUAUCUUCUUGCAGUUCUUUUUUUAACUUCUUAGGUAACAUUCUCUGUAAAUCGACCCUGUACAGCGGAUCGACGUCUUUACUUUUCUAUGCUAGUAGUCUACUCCAGUUUUCUUAUUGCGAUGAAGGCCAAGCCUAACUUGAAGCAUCAACAGCGGCACGAUAUGGUUGGCUCUGUGCCCUUCUUUUCGAUGCUGAACUUGUAGGAAGAAUGCCUGUAAUGUAUAUUUAUAUGUCAGCUUGGCUAUGGACAUUAUGCAGGAAGCAGAUAGGCCUAAAAUACUAGCCAAUAACAUGCAUGGAACUAUCAAUAAAAUCUUUAUUUUUUC